GGGGUGGCUAGAAUGCUCUCCUCUGGCAAAGUCACCGAAUCAUUUUCCUACUCUACUUUUCUCCCUCACCGAAAAAGCUAUCCCUGGGCUUUCAGGGUUGCUGUGUGAAAAGGACUGUAAGCACCAGCCACUAGAAAUGCUUUUUUUCCUAGCAUCCAGAGAGCGGGCUCAGCUGUCUCCCAGAGGAGGCUUCUGGAGGAGAGAGCAGCUGCGAUGGUAGAAAGGGGACAUUCACAAGCUUGCCAGGCAGCGAACUAGCGCGCAGCAGCUCUGCCCAGCCUCCGGCAUCAGCGCGUGGCGCGCCCCAGCUCUCCGGGCAAGUUUCCUGGGAGUGUCCCCUCUCCGCGGACACUGUGAAGUCUCCAGCUCUCCAACAGAUGUUUCCCUCCCAGCGCUGAAGUCCAAGUGCUCUGCAACCACAGCGCAGAGUCCAGGGGCGUGCGCUGUGGUGGUGGGGGGCAGCCCUCCAGGCAAAUGCCAGGAUCAUCAUGACAGGCUGGACUUUAGCCCAGGUCUGUCCUCACCCCGGGGGGCCGCCUGCUUUGCACGGUGCAUCUUAGAGGAUCUGCUCACUUUCCCCCCUUGCAAGUCUUUGUUCCAAGGCAGACGUUGCUCGGAUUCUCUAAUUAACUCCCUCCACUCCAAAAGGGGUCCGGAGGCUGGGAUGCUCUUCCAGCUUAGAGGAUGUUGACUCUUGAGUGGGAGUCGGAAGGACUGCAAACAGUGGGUAUUGUUGUGAUUAUAUGUGCAUCUCUGAAGCUGCUUCAUUUGCUGGGACUGAUUGAUUUUUCGGAAGACAGCGUGGAAGAUGAGCUGGAGAUGGCCACUGUCAGGCAUCGGCCUGAGGCCCUCGAGCUGUUGGAAGCCCAGAGCAAAUUUACCAAGAAAGAGCUUCAGAUUCUCUACAGAGGAUUUAAGAAUGAAUGUCCCAGUGGUGUUGUUAAUGAAGAAACCUUCAAAGAGAUUUACUCGCAGUUCUUCCCACAGGGAGACUCUACAACGUAUGCACAUUUUCUGUUCAAUGCAUUCGAUACAGACCACAAUGGAGCUGUGAGUUUUGAGGACUUCAUUAAGGGUCUUUCCAUUUUGCUUCGGGGGACAGUACAAGAAAAACUCAACUGGGCAUUUAACUUGUAUGACAUAAAUAAAGAUGGCUACAUCACUAAAGAAGAAAUGCUGGAUAUAAUGAAAGCAAUCUAUGAUAUGAUGGGUAAAUGCACAUAUCCUGUCCUCAAAGAAGAUGCUCCCAGACAACACGUCGAGACAUUUUUCCAGAAAAUGGACAAAAAUAAAGAUGGGGUUGUUACCAUAGAUGAGUUCAUUGAAAGUUGCCAAAAAGAUGAAAACAUAAUGCGCUCCAUGCAGCUCUUUGAAAAUGUGAUUUAACUUGUCAAAUAGAUCCUCAAUCAACAGACAAAUGUGAACUACUCUACCAUACUUAAAGUUGGAGCUACCACUUUUAGCAU